CGUGAGUCGGACGAGAGAAUCCGGGGAGACUCCGGCUUCCAGUGAUGGAGAGACGUGCUCUCUUCGUGUCGCGCUAAAUGGUGAUCGUGUACUCCGAAUGGUGACGGAUAAAUCGCAAAGGCCGAGACUGCACGAGCAAGUCUUUGCCAUUUUACGAGCGAAAGCCUUUCUCCUUGUCCUUAAGCAGCCGGUGAUAUCUAUCUUUACUUCGAUCAAUUUCACGAAUGUCUACGUAUAUUUGCCAACUCGAAUUCGCAAACGGUGCGAUGGUCGUUUCGGAAAUUCUUCGCAUCGACUGCAGUUGAAUAUCGUGAAUGUGUAGUAGCUGUGAUUAAUCUCUCGAACUUGAGAAAUAUUUGAAAAGUCGUCGAGAGUAAAAGUGUUAAGUAAGUCGAUCCAACGAAAAGUGAAAUUCCUUUGGAGUAUAUCCUUUCGAUAUCUUCGUAUAAUCACUCUCGGCGUCAUUUCUACGCUCCUAUUGUUUUUAUCUAUUUAAACGCAAGACUGCCAUUUAGAGGUACCGUUCUCCUUUAAAAUUCCAAAGUGUGGAAACGUUUAACUGCUCCUAUGGUACUCUUAUGGAAGAGUAUUCGAUCGGACGAAGGAUUCGAUAGUGAUCGAUGCAAUUUAUGGGAUAUACCAUUCGUACGUACGUGCUCGUUAUGUUCUUCAGUGGAAACGAUCGAUUCACCUAGUUUCGCUGAUCGUUACGAUCCGAUCGUGACCGAUCUUGCGGUUUCCGUAAGAGGAGGCGUGUUCGUUUAACGUCCCUGAAUGCUUGGACGUCCGUCUGGCAUUUCGAUUUCAAGAUUCGAUAGAUGCUCUUCCUAUCGUCGUUUGCUUUUCUUAUAACGAAAUGUAUACUACCGUCCUAUCGUAUCGAUUUAGCAAAUUUUUUUCAUACGAAUUUGUCGACGACGAUUAUAAUAAAAAAAAAUUUCGAUCGAUUUUCUAAAAAAUUCCUGAUGAUACAAUCGAAAGAACGAGUUCGAAAUGUCAAAGGGAAUGCUAUCGUGAAUUCUUAAAAUUAAAGAUCGUCUUUCGAUUCUCGAAAUACUAUAGUGCUGACUAACAGCAAGUUAUUUCUGAACUCUCGAAAUGCGUCUCGCUAAGAUAUACAAAAGAACAUAUAUAUCUAACUAAACGUCUAGUCGGUAAAACAAAGAAAAUGAGUGCGAAUGUUCAGAUCUUUAUACAUAAGGGCAACUAUAUAGUGCAACUGAUGAUGAAUUGUUUUAUGUUAAUUUUUGAAAAUGCGAUUUAAAUUGUUACAUAAUGAAAUUUUUCCAUUCGAACUAGUCUUAUAGUAUCCAUGGUCUUUUACCACUGUGUCUAUUAUUCUCAGUAAAAUUGAAAAAGUUAUGGGUAGAUGGCGUUAAAUGAAAACGUUGAAAAAAUCUCAUUGUUCGUUACGAACUACCGGUGACGUACUUCUUUUGUAUUUUGAAAAGGGAAAAAAGAGAACGGAAAAUGUGGUAUAUCUACCCAACUUGAAUAUUAAUACAUUUCGUGGAAAGGGAAAAGUAGUUUUCUUAAAAGGUCUUAAUGUAAUUUUAAAGGAGAUCGUAAGAAUACAAAAUGAGACAGGAUUCUUUUUUAAGGUUAAUGAAACUAACCGACGUCGUUAACGAGUUUAUCAUCGAGUUAUACCUCCGUAUCACGUUUCGUUUUUCCCAAAAUUUUCAGUUUUAGCAUUACAUCGUGUGUGGAUCUUUUAAAUGGCUUAUCACUUAUGACGUCAAAAAGAAGAGUAACGAAAGAAGACAGGAUGUUAUAAUGAAGAAGUUUUUAUUCAAAAACAAGAGAAAAGUGACCGAAUGAAGUGUACGUAACCGGUAAGAUACUUCGUUAGUCGAGACAACGUAUAAUAUCCGUAAUACGGAUAAAGUGGUAACCGUGUUAUAUGAUGUGACGAGUGAAACUCGAUAUCGGAUGUGUUCUUUUACGAUGAUGUCUUCGGCGUUGCUGUGAAAAAUACCGGAAACGGUGCCAAUCCCAUGGGAAGUGAUGUCUACCUAUUAUGGCAGAACCGCUUUCGAAGAAAUUCGUCAGAGCUAAGUACAUGGGUUCGUUUCCUGUGGCGAUUCCCGACGUUGCCAGCCGAGCGGAAUUCGUGCGGUCCCAACUGGAGACUCUCAGAUACAGCGAUCGGUCCACGCCUGUUCUCCUGAUAGUCUCGCUUGCGGGGAUCAAAGUAUGCAGUCCAGAUGGAAAAUGCGUGCAAAUGGCGCACGCGUUAAGGCGCAUCUCCUACGCGACUUGUGAACCCCGACACGCUCAGUUCAGCUUUUUGGCUCGAGAGCCUAGGGCGCAUUUCAGCAUCCAAUACUGCCACUCGUUCGUCACCGAAUCUGCAGAACAGGCGGAAGAAUUGAACACCAUAGUCGGCAAUGCUUUUCGUAUGGCGUACGUGGCGCAGCUCCAGCGCCAACCGAUCCUUCAGGAUGUAAUCUCGCCGCAAUCCUCACCACACUAUCGCAAGGACAAACAGGAACAUCGAACCUCCUGGAACAAAUCUUUGUCCGGCGACAGCUCGAUCGCCGGGAGCGGAGGCGGCUGCAGGAAUUCGUCCUCGAAUUCGUGGCUGAAAAGUCGGACGUCGCCCACGUCCAGAAGUGGAAGCGGUUCGUCCGCAGCGGACAUGAACGUACAGCUCGGCAGCGCCGGCUCGCCCACGCUGCGACUCGCCAGCGUAAAGACACCAAAUUCCAUCCCGGGUCUACGGCCGUCGCAUAAUUUUACGAACGUCCUCGGUCCAAUAACGAACGAGGAUGAGCCGAAAAGUAUUUCGCAGCAAAGUACGCCGAGUAGCGAUGAGAGCAACUCGCCAACGGAGCUGAACUCGUAUAAGAGACUGACGGACAAGCCACCGCUGAUAAAGCGUCUGGCGAUGGGCCUAACCGGUGGCCGCGACGUUCUCGGAUUAAAUGGUGAAGACGACAGCUGUCCCCUCGUAAGCGGCAGCAGCACACCAACAAGCCCCUCAAACAGACCACAUUCCGGUGGCUAUAUCAACGAAGCGAUUAUCGACUCUGAAGGCACGAGACCGUCUUACAACAAGAUACAACCUUCCGAGACCAUCGAUAACACCAUCAAUGCUUCCAUCACUGCCAAAAACUUUAAUAUCGAAAAUAACAGGAUAGGACACAAUUCGCCGAGUUCGGGAACGGAAACGGAAUUUAAAUCGAAAAGAAGAUCGCAAAUUAGUACUUCAAGUAGUUCGGUACCAGCAGAUGGGAGCACUCAUGGAUCGACACCGACACCCCCGCCUUUGCCGGAAAGAACGGACAGUUUGAAUAAUCGCAGCGAAGAAGCCGAGCUACGCAAAGCACCUUGGUUCCAAGCUGGCAUACCAAGGGAAAUAACGUUGGAAGUGUUGAGUCAGGAGCCGGAAGGAGCCUUCAUGGUACGAGAGAGCACCAGUAAACCCGGAUGUUACGCCCUUUCGCUCCGAGUGCCGCGUGAAUUUCAACCGAGCGGAAUCGCCCAUUAUCUCAUAAUGCGAACUAACAAAGGCUACAAAAUUAAGGGCUUUACGAAAGAAUUCACAACGCUGACAGCCCUGAUAACCCACCAUUCCGUAAUGCCAGAGCUGUUGCCGUGUCCACUGUCGUUAAGCCGAUACAAUCCCAGCUUCGUGAAGAGCGACUCGAACAAGGAUUUCGCGGACAUCGACUCGGAUCCGGAUUACAACACGCUCGCGGAUUUUCGCAAAAUGAUGGCCGAUCUGAACGUCUAGGAAGAGAGAAACAUGCAUUACGUAAACAUGUUUCAUACGUUCAUAAUAACGUCGAAGAAUAGACAUUGUGAGUCGACCUAUCAACGAGCCGGGUUUAUUAAGAGAAAAGACUCACACAAGUCUGUGUACAGAAAAACCUACACGAUUUAAUCGGGAUCACGACGAAUGAUAAAUUGUGUUUACUGUGAAGACGAUAAAUCAUGAAAAAAUAUUGGACGUGAUAUCGCAAUGAAAGUAGGUUAGCAUUAUGAAGGUAGAUGACAUCGAACGUGAUUUGAAACGUAAUUGACAAAAUUCUUUACGAUUACGAUCGCGUUCGGAGUUCAUCGAUAGUGAUAAAAUCUAUAAGACUAUAAAUAAUUUUAGCGAAUAGCACAGAAAAGUGCAAAUCAAAAGUCAAUCGAUGCAAUGAGAGAGAACAACACGUUGCUGAUCUGCCCUUUAAAACCAAUUGUCGUAGAGUCUAUCUCGAUUGUUGAAACUUCAAAAACAUUUUUUCUUAACGUGAUGACAUUGAAAUUUACGGUGCCGAUCAAAGCUAUUCUCGUUAAUUUCAUUCCCUUUCGAUUUUGAUUCAAAUUUAAUGUUUUAUUCGAACGUCGAAAUCGAUUAUUUAUAUAUAUAUAUAUAUUUUUUCUUUUUUUGAAUUUCUUUUCUAUCGAAGCAGGCUCAACGAUCAAACAAACAUUAUAAUCAAAAAGUAAAUUUCGAAUAUCGAUCAAAGUUAAGCUACACGAUGUACGCUUCGCGAGAAAACGAAGGUGAAAGAUUAUCGAACUACUGAAAUAACUUUAAUAUGUUAAUAAUAAUGUAUGGAUGUGUGUAACUUGAUAACAUACUCGAGUGUUCCCUUAAUAUAAAAAAUAAAUAAAUAAAUAAAUAAAUAAAUAAAUAAAUAAAUAAAAAGGAUGGAAAAGAAGAAAUUAUAUGAACGAAUAGUUCGAUAUUGAUCUGAAAGUGGCUCGGUAUUCAUGCCAUAUUGAUGUUCGUGCGGCUCGAUAGUACGUUAUCAAAUUAAUGUAAAUGUGUUUAUAUGUAUAUAGAUGAUAAUUAAUGUUACGCAAAACAUCUUAUAAUUUAAUUACGAGAGUAAAAGUGAGAGCAACGAGGAAACGAGAAUGGAGUAGUCGUGAAGUAGUUGGAAAAGCAAAGUAAUUUAAAUAAAUAAAAAAAAAAGAAUAAAAAAAAAGGAACAUUUAGAG